AUGUCACAGCCCCCGAGUAGAGGACGCUUGGCGCCGCGGGGCGGCCGCCGCCCUGCCGCCGCCGCGGAGACACCCGCCUCAGGAUCAUCAGCCACCCCAGCAGCCACGCCCGCGCCGGCUUCAGCAGCACCCUCGACAUCAACAUCGUCAGCGGCGACCCCAGCAGCUUCGUCAGCCGCCAAGCCGGGCCUCAAGUUCAAACCUAAGGCCGUUAGAAGAGGCGAGGCAGAGAGACAGCGUAUUGCAGAAGAACAACAGAGGUUACAGGACAUCCGAAAUGAACAAGAGAGCAGGCGAUUAGCCCGGGCGAACCGCGGGCGUGGAAGAGGCGGUGGACGUGGGCGCGGGCGAGGUAACUUUCUUAUGAGGGGAGGUCGCACCGCAAGUGCUGCCGGCCCCUUGUCAGGAGGCAUGGGUUAUGGAGGAGGCUCUUCUGGUGGUGAUGGAGGCGGCGCGGAUGGUUUCGGGACAUCCAACGGCUUCGACGCGAACAGAAUCAACGCCGACAUGCUUUACAGUCUUAGCCUCGAAGAUGAGGAGGAGAAGCUCGAGAACGGUCUGGUCCGGACAAAGAAGAAGAGAGCUCCUAUGCCCAUGGGUAUUAGGAGAUUCGAGCAUGAGGAAGAGGAGGUUGUUAUGGCGACCGCUGCGGAAAUCGAAGCUCAAGACGCCGGCGUCGAUGUGGCCGCUGGCGAUAACGACAACGACGACGACAAUAGCUCCGAUCUCUUCGUCGACAACGGAGAAGGACCAGUACAGAUCAAGGAUGAAGGAGCGGUUGACACUGCGGUACCAAGGACCAUCAUCAAGAAGGAGGGCGGUGAGAUGGAGGACGUCAAUAUGGAGAGCAUCCCAGAAGGAGUCAUCAAGACUCCCGAGUCUCCAGAGCUCAAGAAGAAAGUUAUGGCCACCACAAAGGAAGCAGAAAAGCCGAAGGAGAAGAAGCCUAAGAAGCCCAAGGAAACAGAGGCAGAUUUUGCCCAGCAAGACCGGGAGCGUUUGGUCGAGCUCUUCAACCACGGCACUGAGCUCGAAGGGCACAUGUUCCUCUUCCAGCUUCCCGUCGUGCUCCCGCCGCUCAAAAGCGCAGCGCCAGCUCCCAAGGUCAAGCCGGAACCGGAAAAUGACGAUGUUAUGAUGCUGGAUCAGCCGACUAUGCAAAAGUCGUCCUCCCGGAUCGACUUGACAUCGGAGGAGGCGAGCAAGGUCAAGAAGGAGAACGGAGAGGAGGCAGAUGCGGACGCAGAGCAAGAAGAUAUGACACGCGAAGGCGGCUAUGUCGGGCAGCUGGUUGUGCGAAAGUCUGGUAAGGUUGAAGUCAGCUGGGGUGGUGUCCCUCUACAGAUGGGGUUGGGCAUCCAGGCCAAUUUCUUGUCGACGGCGGUUAUCAUCAAGGAGGACGACGUAAAGCCUACCCAAGACCAGUACACGGGAGCCGCCUACGGCAUGGGUAGAAUCCAGGGCUCCUUUGUCUUGGCACACACAUUCGGAGAUGAAGAAGAAUGGGUUGUUGAUCCGAGCGAGCUCGUCAUUGCCGAUGGGGAGCAGUGAGCGGGACUAGUGGUAGAUAAAGUCCAUUACAUUGCAUUACCUCCGGAGAUGGGGGGUGACAGCGAAAACUGAUAGGAAACAAUUUGAUACCCAUUGAGCAC